CGUUCUUCCGGUUUUAUUUUCUGCAUCGCGAAUGCAACAUACAGCUCUAACUUAGCUAUAGCUGAUAUUUUUUCCUUCUUAGGACGCAAUUCAGAUGUCCUGUAAGGCAGUAAAGACAAUGAGAACGUCAUCCUUUCUUCUGGAUCAUGGCAGAAUUAAAUAGGAAUGUUUGGCAAAUGAAAGUCUCUGGAGUAGACAAUAAAAUUAUGGGGGAUGAAGAGCAGUUGCUUAUGGGCAGGAUUGAAGGGAGUGGAAAGGAGCUUCAUACAGUUGGAGGGAUGGAUAAGGAAGUGUUGGAAGAAAAGGGGAGACAAAAAGAGUUUCUUUGUCAGUAUUGCAACAAAGUAUUCUAUAAGCAGAAAAACCUUAAAGUCCACAUGUGUAUUCACACGGGAGAAAAGAAACUACAGUGCAACAUUUGUGGAAAAUGUUUUAUACAAAGCUGUCAUCUAAAGAGGCAUUUACGAAGUCAUUCAGGUGAAAAACCUUACUCAUGUGAUAUAUGUGGAAACCAGUUUUCACAAAAUGGACAUCUAAGGGUUCAUCUCAAGUCUCACUUUGGUAACAAGAACUACAAAUGUGAAUAUUGCCCAAUGGCCUUUGUCCAGAAUAGCCACCUUAAAAGACACAUGCGAUCUCACAUGACCAUUCGUCCAUACAAAUGUGAUAUGUGUGACAAAACGUACAAGUUCAGCGAUCAUCUGUAUAUCCAUCUACGGCGACACACCGGGGAAACUCCGUAUCAUUGUACAUUUUGUGACAAGGCCUUCCACACAAGUGCUAAUCUAAAUGCCCACAUCAAGAUCCACAAUAAGUAUGUUGACCGCAAGUACAAGUGUCAAAUCUGUGUGAAGAAGUUUCAUACAAACUAUGCUUUAGUGAAACACAUGGCUGUACACACAUCAGAUACACCGUUUACCUGUCGUUUGUGCUCCAAGAGCUUCAAGUAUAAAGGUAAUUUAAAACACCAUUUUGAUGUGCAUAGUAACGAUGCUGAUAUGAAGUUGCUAAAGUGUGUCAUUUGUGUAAAGCGGUGUACAUCAUUCCAAAGUCUGAAGGAUCAUAUGUUGUCUCACUAUGAAGAAACAUGCAAGACGCAUAAAUGUGAGAUAUGUUACAAAACCUUCAGGAUUAAAAGUAGCCUUCAGAUGCACCAUUCCUUGCAUACAGGAAUGAAACUAGCCUACAGAUGUUUGGAGGUACCCUGUCAAUUUGAAUCCAAAACAGUUGAAGAGAUGAAGGUACAUAGCUCUAACUGGCAUGUUGUUGACGUGGAAAGUGGGUUACAGGAGGACUCGAUAAAUGUUAAACAAGGCUACAGCGAAACACAUGAAAAUGUUUCCAGUAAGGAGGGGAAAUUCAAGUGUCCUAUGGGAUGUGAACAUAGUUUUGACAAUAUUACUGAUCUUGUUAAUCACUUGAAAUGUCACAUAAAACUUGAAAAGAAUAAGAAAACAAUGGAACGUCUUCCUGACCAUUCUACUGUUGAGUCAUGUUUGAAGAAGACUGCAUUGGGAGGUUGUGGGAACACCAUAGACGUCAAUUCGAAGACAUUUCAAGUGCAUAGCGGUGACCAUGGCAAAUUGACCACACGACUAGAUCCAGUUAGUAUGCUUAUUGAAACAGCUGAACAGGUAUUACCUAGCUACUACAAUCAAACAGGAACUGAAAGUCAUUAUCAGGAGGAUGAUAACAGAAAAAGUGAUAAAAAAAUCAUUUUGAUAAGAGAUAAUCCUGAAGAAAAAAAUAGAAUAUUGCAGAGAGAUCCUUCUAAAUGUCUGCAAGAAGCCAAUGCAAAUUCAAAAGGAAUGCUUUUGAGUGAUGGACAAUUUUCUAACUCUUCAUUUUCUGCAGUAGUACCAGAAAAGACUACUUCAGGCAGGCCAAAAUCUCGGGACAUUAUAAAGUCACACAAUAUCCGUAGUUUAUUUCAAACGAUUCCUUGCUUACCAGAAGAAAGAAACAGUGCAGACAACAUAUUGCAGGAAACUAAACCAACCUGUGCAACCAUUGUACAGCCGUUCGGGAGCGUGUUGGGGCCUGCUGUUGUUGAACAUCACAGCUGUACUACCUCUAGUUCAACUCAAAUUGGUGAAAACAACUACCUAUCACAUGGAAUAGGAGACAGCCAUUCAGAUAGGAUAGGAAGCUCAAGAGAAAAUGAUGAAUCUUGGGAUGGUGGUGCUGUGAUGAGCAACCCUUCAUUCAUCAUUGAAAGAAAUGGCAACCAGUCUUUUGUGGUCGGGGGACACGUAAUCAGAAUGCUAGACAAUUCUGAUGGAAGUUCAGGAAGACUACAGUUACAGGGUGAAAACAUUGAGGAAAUUGUGAUCGAUGAGAGGACUAUGCAUGAAUUGGUGAUAGGAACAUCCGAGAUACCGCUAUCUAAUGGCAUUGAGGCUAGAUUUCAAAAUCCUGAUCAUGACAUCAGCUACCAACAACUGAGUGUUGACGAGGUGGAGGAAGUGAUUAUCCCGAUGAAACCAGAAGAAGACAUUAAUGAGCAGACUUUAUAUAGAGACAGAAUCGGGACAAAUACUUCGAACACAAACUUGAACAAUGAACCUGCCGAUUCCAGUUCCAGUUUUGAUUCCCCUGCAGGACCCACUAGUCAAGGUGAGGAUAGUUUGGUUGAGGCUAGUGGUCGAGGCCAGCAGAACUUCAUGUCAAGCACAAUUGUACAGGAAACAAAUGAAAGUAAAUUUCAAUAUGUGCCUUACACUACCGAGAAGAGUGUCUUUAUUGAUAGUAUUGGAGACCAUAGGUAUGUAUUGACUCACGGCGAACAUUCUGUUGAGACUUGUGACAAAAAGAUAAUUGAAAGACAAGAACAAAAGGCAGAAGGGGUCAAUGGAACUCAGAAUAUUACAGGACAUUCUAGAUAUCAAACAAGCUCACCGAGAGAUACACAGUUGGAAGGGAUUGAGAUACAAAACAUUGACCUGGUACAGUGUCCAUUCUGUAAUGAACAAUUCCAUGAUAAUAAUAUAUUGAAAAAUCACUUGCAAAGUCACAUGAAUGCAUCUGAGAAAAUUGUAGUGAAUGUUGUGAUGUAUAUGUGCCAUUUGUGUGAUACAGAAUUCAACAGUAAAGAAAGUUUGAAGGCACACUUACAGACACACAGUUGAAUGUCCAGGAGUAGAAAUGGCUAAUGGUUAAUUUAUCGGAUACUUUUAUUAUGCUCUGUCAUUUCCAGAAAUAUAUUUAGUCGGAUUAUUUCUUUUUUCAUUUUGUUGCAUUAUAUUGUUCGAUAUUUAAAGCAAAAACAUGAAAUUCAAGGAAUUUAUAAUUAUUGCACAAUACAUAAAAAGAAUUGUAGAUAGAAAUCUAAUGUAGAAAAUGCUCGUUGAUAUAUACAAUGUAUAUACGUAGCCAAGUACAGACAGAUGUACCAGUUAUAUAUCUUUUCAGAUAGAAACACACUUUAAGUUUAUAGUUAAUAUGGCAUAUCUGAAAAUAAAGAGGAAGAUUAUUUAACACUUUUGCAGGAUUUUGAUUUUGAUAUUUUUGGGUACUAUAUAUAUAGUGUAAGUGAUGAUAUGAAAAAAAAAAUUGUGGACCUUUUGUGUUUCAUGACUAAGAUGAUUAUUCGAGUAUGAUUUAUAUAUUACAUGUACAUGUAAUGUCAGAUAAUCUCUAAUUUGCUAUCUAAUUUUAACAAAUCUGUUUAAUUCAUUUCCACACAACCAGUAUAAUAAUCAUAUCAACCCAGGUGUUAAUAAAAAGAUAAUUGUUGUAACAUUAUAACAUAUGACAUUCUGUAUCAUUAUCAAAACAGCUAUAUUGUGCAGUGUCAUGCCUCAUGUUUAUAAAUCUUGAGUGCUGCGGUGUUUAGGUCUGUUAUGCAUAUUUCAAUGGACUUAUUGUGGAAUACUGACUGUUCGUCCACUUUUAGGAAUGUUUCUUCAAAUGCCUACACUAUAUAUGUAUAUAGUGCUUCAUUCUUUCCAUGGAUAUAUGUUAUCAUGAGUUUCUAUAUAUAGCUACCAAAAUAAGCUGCAACUCACUUUGUAAUAGAAGUUUUUUUGCACAUUUUUGAUAUGUUUGUGACAAUUAACUUAUUUCAAUAUCAAUUUUUAUGUGAAAGGUCAUAUGGAAGAUUCUCUGAAUGUAUAAUCAUGAUCUCAAAUGUAUAUAUAGUGCUCCAAAAGUAAUUUUACUGAUUCAUGCUAUCCACGUAAUAGUAAGGUCAUUGAAAUAGUGUCAUGGUUCAGAAUAUACAGUACUGUACAUGUACUUAACGUUCUUUUGAAACAAAAUAUUCAAAAUUAUCAAAUUCAUUGAAUUAUGAUUUAUUGCUACAGCUGUGGGGUACAGUCCAAUUUGUUUUGGCUCUAGUACCUAACUUACAAUUUGUUUUGAUUGGAUGGUGCUAGUUAAUAUUAUGUGUGUCUUUUGUACAAUUCUUUUUGAAAUGAAUUCUGAAUUGUUACAAAAAUAUCUUUUGUUAAUUUUUGACAAAAAGGAAUUUCCAAAAUAAUGUAGUCACUGGACAGCUCUAAAGGGCCUGCUAGGCCUAUGGUCAAUUUUUAAGUCACCCGAGACAAAGUCUCGGUUGACCUAUAUAUUGUGAUUGCCUUUUGUCCGGCGGCGUCUAGCGUAUGUCCUGCGUCCUCUAUCGUAAACAAUUUACAUUUUCAACUUCUUCUCAAUUACCAACAGGCCCAGAGACCUGAUAUUAGGUGUGUAGUAUGUUGGGAUGAAGGGCUACCCAGUUUGUUCAAAUAGAUAACCUUGACCUUCAUCCAAGGUCACAGGGGUCAAAUAUCCUUAAAACUUUUAACGUCUUCUUGAUAACUUAAAGGCCCAGAGACCCAAUAUUAGGUCUGUAGCAUGCUGGAAUGAAGGGCUACCAAGUUUGUUCAAAUGGACGACUUUGACCUUCAUCCAAGGUCACAGGGGUCAAAUAUGCUAAAAUAUAUCAAAACUCAGGUGGCCGUUAAGGCCCAUGGACCUCUUGUUAGUGUAAACUGUCCUUUUGUUCGUGACCCUGUUUUCAAGAAGAGGGUUGGCACAUUAUGGUUAUCAUGGAGGAGAAACAAUAAAUACUUUACUUAAUUGAGUGAGUUAUAACUAUAUCAUGGAUGUAUGUUUCGGAUCUUUCUUAGUGAACUAAAAAUGCUCUUAUUUUGAAAGUAUUAUUAAAAACCAUAUUGCUAAUCUUAUUGAUGGAGAUGUUUUGUACAUGAGAGUUAAGGAUAGAAAUAUAUACAUGUAUAUAUAUAUAUGCACCUUCAAAUUUUAGUUUGAUUCUCUGAUGAUUUUUGUUUGACUUAGAAGUUACUUUUGUGAUGUCUUGCUGAUUAUUUUUUGAUAUCUGAACAUGGAUUAAACUGAUUACAUACGCUAUAUAUCUCCUUUUGUUUGAUGUUUCCACAGGUGAUGUUUAAGAUUUGUUUGUUUGUUUGCUGGGUUUAUGGUCCCUUGAACAUUCAGUGUCAUAUUGAACUGAGGUCUCAUUGUAGUAGUUGGUGACCACCUCAACAACACGUCAUAUGCUAUCCAGAGCAGUUACGGUAUCUUGUCUUACCCAAUGACACAACCACAGCAGAACGGACAGCGCUAUUCCUUAGCUGUCAAAGAAAAAAAAUUCAGCACUGUUGGGGUGUGUCGAACCAUUUAAACAAAGGUGACCGACACUCUUAAUUGACAAAGCGAUCACGUCCCCAUAUUACUUUAUAUAAGAAUGAUGAGGCCACCAAAUAGAAAUAUUAUAGUGUCAUCCCACUAAAAUUUCAUGAAUUGAACAGAGUCGCAUGACAUCCAACCCAUCCCCAUAUUACUGAUAAAGGGGUAAAUUUUUAUAUUCCACCACGCAACAAGCAUACAUUCUUAGGAUAAGUUGUGAUGUCUCACCAUAUACUGAAAUUGAGUUUCAGUGUGAUUGCACUGUAAAGACAUGGCCCCAUCAUUUGAUCGUGGACGUGGCACUCAUUUUGAGAAUGUGACUUAUUCCAGAUUAGGCCUACAGUACUUAGAUUUGUAUGAUGUUAUGUUUGCGUUGAUUAAGCAGAAGAAAGUUACUCUUCUGGAACACCUGGUAUUAUUCUCUUUGUACUUUUUCAAUGAUUUUCAUGCACAUCUUUAUUUUUGUUGUAUGUUGUUCCGAUGAAUGGAACCCGGGCUGGCUAGCUAGGUUGGUGAUUUUAACUAUCGGUCUAGCUAUAGGUGAAAAGCGAAAGAUUACUAUUUCAAAAGAGAUAUUUAAUGGAUCUCAAAAUAACUCCUUUUAAUACCUCUGUAUCCCUAGAUGUGCAUCAUCAAAUUUUAAACUGAUCGGAUUAAUAUUUCCCAGAAAGUCUUCUGCUAACUUGCUCAAAAUACAUAUUACUCUGGUCCCUAGUUGUGCAUGAUUCUGACAGUUGAAAUAAAAUAUAAGUCAUGAAGGUGGAGAAGAGAAUAGUUCGAGUUGCCUCCCCUCGGCCACGAUUGCUGCUUUAAAUUAUAGCAUGGCGCAGCGUCAGUCGUCCAUCUCAAUUAUCCCUUAAAUCGCUAUACUAGUCAUGAACAAUUCACCAAUUUUUGAUAAACGGCGGGACUGGUUCUCCCAGAGGCCUUUAGCAAUUUUUUAAAAAAUCCUUCUGCGGGAAUCGGAGUGUUUCUACUGAAACGUCUGUUCAGUUGAAUACCCUUUACUUAUCUCCAAGGCCACACUGGUGAGAUGUCUGAAAUUCUUAAUUUGAAAACAACAAUCAUCAGAUAUCAGUAUGUAUUUAAGACCUCAGGUGACCGUACGGCCCCUGGACCCCUUGUUUCAUCUUUUGAUCACAGGGAAUGAUAAUCAGGGGCUUAUGUUUAUUUGUUCCCCUUUCCUUUGUCCUAAGCAGUUUUUGUAUUUAGUUUCUUUUUGAAGAAAGUGGUAAAAAAUUGUUAUUUAGAAAUGAGAAAAUUGAUUUUGCAAAAGAAGGCUAUUUUUUUUUAUAAUAUACAGGUUCGGGGCAAAAGUCUUGCCGCACAACCUAAUUCUGCUACAAUUAA